AUUCGAAUGAACAGACAACAAGAGCCAAAAGAAGACGAAGGAAGCAAGGAUAUAAGAUCAAUUUCGUCCCCAUCCGCCUCGCUUCCGGAUGGGCAAGCGACAUGCAGUAGAUGAGCCUAUCAGGCGUGGAGUCGUCGACCCUGCUCAUCACCGACCGGGAAUCCUGGCACAUGAAACUUCCUAGUCAGCUCGAGGGACAACGCCAAGUUCUUCUCGUCAAUCACGGAUUCACGGUUGCAACAUGAACGCAACCCUGCGAUUCGCGUCGACGUUCAGACUCGCAGCACGUAUCCACGGACGCAGCCGGAUCGUCACGCGACGAGUCUCAGUCUCUUGACAGAUACGAGGAAUGAUGCGCACGAGAUCAGCAACGCCAGCAGAUCAUAGUAGAUCUCGUAUCGGUGCAGAUCCCGACUUGACGUUUCGACGCUGGCCUGGAAACAUAUAUGAGCUUUGCCUAACGCUGAGUUUCCUCCAUCUUCUCGUCCAUGAUCAGACUAAUUAUCUUGGUCCCCAAAUCGACGACGCGCCCGACGCGCCUGCCCCUGACGGAUGCAGAGCGCGUAAAGUGGUGCCUGCUAGGCGCCUCCAGGCUCCAGUAACGUUGCAGAACCUCCCGUCACGACCUCACCACGCGCAAUUGAGCCAGCCCUGUCUGCAUCUGGCCCAAGGAGCAUUGCCCGAUUCAGUCAUAGCCUCGAGCCUAGUCGCAUGUGCUGCGAUGCCACUAGGUAUCUAUUGCCCGAACGGGAGACAUGAUAGGGGUUCUCAGGCAGAAGUGUCUGGUUGCUUCACGCGUCCCCGACCAGGUCAGCAGUCGCCUCGAGCCUGCGAGACGCGCGCACCCUUUCUCCCAGUUCACAAGACAUUGCAACCACUGCAGCAAAACAAGAAGAUAAGGAACCACUUGAUCAUCAGUGGAUUCCUUCAAGGUCAGGGGAUCUUGGCAGCAGCCCCAAUGUCUCGCAGUGUCGCAUCGGACCAGAGUCGGACCCCACACUCUCCUCCUGAUCGCGCAACCUGUCCUGUCCAGAUUUGGCAGCUCACACGCUCGCCGCCCCGAGCGAAGGAUCAGGAAAGGGUAGCGGCCGAUUGGAACUGGCAGGUGGCCCUAGACGUAGAUGGCCUACUCUGGCACUCUGCUGCCGCGCGCCCAUGAGCCGGGUACCUGCUUCGCACGGCACUAAAAGUAAAGUAGCCGGCGCGGCCGUCUUGGAGAUUCCCAUCGCCUCCUCAUUGGUUCACGGCCGAGAUGAACCAACUCCAGUUCGCCAGUGGCAUCUCGAAAGCGAGCCGUGGCCUCAGGGGUCCAACCCGUAAUUAGGGUUGAAAGUCCAACGAAACAGACUCGUGGAAGUCGUUCACAUCCCUAGGAUGGCGCGGAAAUAUCACUGUAUCCAGCUGACCUACUAUGCCCCUUGAUAGGCCCGGGCAUCGCAUCCGAUCACAUGGACCCAUCCAGGGGUCAUUUCGUCGCAGGCAAAUGGUAUCUAUCCUCUGAGGCUCUGACCACGAGCCCAUCUUGCUGCCAUGCACCACUUGGGUCGAAAAGAAACGAAACAUCCAGUCUCCCACCCCACUCCCUGGCAAGUGUCACUUACAUCUUGCUGGACCCCGACAAGAUGUUGCCCCCCCCCGGUUCGA